CCUUCAUCACGCGCUGUAUCGCGAGAGCUUGCGGCUCCACUUUGGAAGGAAUCACCGUAAAGAUGGCGGCUCCGCCCGACGAGGGGAGUUUGGAGUCCCGCAUCAACAAAGCAACCAAUCCACUAAACAGAGAGACGGACUGGGAUAGCAUUCAGGCCUUCUGUGAGCAGCUCAGCAAUGAACCUGAAGGUCCCCAGCUGGCCACUAGGCUUUUGGCCCACAAGAUCCAAUCGCCGCAGGAAUGGGAGGCCAUGCAGGCACUCAUGGUUUUGGAGACGUGUAUGAAACACUGUGGGAAGAGAUUCCAUAACGAAGUGGGAAAAUUCCGCUUCCUAAAUGAACUAAUUAAGGUGGUUUCUCCUAAGUACCUGGGCUCUAGAGCUCCAGAACCCGUUAAGAAGAAAGUUCUAGAAAUGAUGUAUAGCUGGACUGUGGGUCUUCCCGAAGAGGCUAAAAUUUCUGAUGCCUAUCAAAUGCUCAAAAAACAAGGUAUUGUGAAACAAGACCCCACUCUUCCUGAUGACAAGCCCCUCCCCCCGCCUCCACCCAGACCUAAGAAUGCUAUCUUUGAGGAUGAAGAGAAGUCCAAGAUGCUGUCACGCCUGCUCAAUAGCACUCACCCUGAGGACCUGAGGGCGGCAAACAAACUCAUUAAGGAAAUGGUUCAAGAGGACCAGAAACGCAUGGAGAAAGUGUCCAAGAGAGUAAAUGCCAUUCAGGAAGUCAAGGAAAGUGUCGGACUGCUCACACAGCUACUUGGAGACUACAACAAAGAGAACAGCUCGCAUGGCAAUGAAGACCUUAUCAAAGAUCUGUAUCAGCGCUGUGAGAAGAUGAGACCUACCCUCUUCAGACUUGCUAGUGACACUGAAGACAAUGAUGAAGCCUUAGCGGAGAUUUUGCAGGCGAACGACAGCCUGACCCAAGUGAUUAAUCUGUACAGACAACUGGUGAAGGGAGAAGAGGUGAAUGGGGACAGUGCCACCACACCCAGACUUCCAGGCAGCAGCACAGCUCUUUUGGACCUUAGUGGGUUGGACACUUCACCCUCAGCUCCUACCUUCCCAGAAUUCCCUUCUCAGCCCACACCAUCAAAGGAGCUGGGAAUGAGCCUGCUGGAUGAUGAGCUCAUGUCCCUAGGACUAACUGAUGUUACUCCCAAUUCGAAUCUGGCCUCCUCACAGUCUGGGGAAACCACAACAUGGAAUUCGUUUCAGUCAUCAGAUACUGUAGAGGCACCCGCCCCUUCAGUACCUGCUGCAGUCCUGAUGCCAUCAGUUACCACUCCCCAGGUCCCUGCCACUGCUCCCCCUCCAGCUUCUAAAGUCCUGGAUGAGCUGGACCUGCUGGGAAAGACCCUGCUGCAGCAGUCCCUGCCCCCAGAGAGCCUGCAGGUCAAAUGGGACAAGCUUCAGCCGCAGUCUAAACCCACACUAAGAGAUCUCCAGAGCAAGUCCAACACCAAUCCUGCCACGAGCCCCAGUCCUGUCCUGAACUUUCCCUCUGAGCCUGGGAACCUGCUGAACUCUCAGCCUAGUCAUGAGGUUCCUGCACCAGGCAUAGCUCCAGCUUCCACCCCACAAGAUGAAAUGUCCUUGGCCAGUGUUACUGUGCCCCUGGAAUCCAUCAAACCUAGUAGCAUGUUGCCAGUGACAAUCUUUGACAAACACAGUUUGCGUGUUCUGUUCCAUUUUGCACGGGACUCCCCUCCAGCCCGGCCUGAUGUUCUGGUGGUGAUUAUCUCCAUGCUGUCCUCUGCUCCUGUGCCCGUCACAAACAUUCGCUUCCAAUCUGCUGUGCCCAAGACAAUGAGGGUCAAACUGCAGCCGCCAUCUGGAACAGAGCUACCAGCCUUCAACCCUAUACUUCCACCUGCUGCGAUUACACAAGUCCUUCUGCUGGCCAACCCUCACAAGGAAAAAGUCCGGUUGAGAUACAAGCUGACUUUCGAUUUAGCCAAAGAAUCCCACGACGAGAGCGGAGACGUAGAACAGUUCCCACCUCCAGAGUCCUGGGGGAACCUUUAGGAAAAGACUGACUUUCUGCUGCUUUAUCCUUCUGCUUCCUGUUGGUCUCGCCUGAAGGCAGUGGCUCUUACUAUAUGCGGUUCAGUUUUAAUCCUAAGAAAACUGGGCCUCUGCUCACUUCCCCUUAUGAAGGUUUGAACAGCCUUAGUUAAAUGUGAGUUGGUCAUUUUAAAUGAAAGCAUGUAAAGGAAUGAUAAGAUGAAGUGAGGAAGGGUUUCAUUUUUCUGUAUUGGAGCCAGGUAUCUGUCGAUGGAUCUGCCUUGGACCCCCUAUACUGUUGUUUCCAUCUCUUGCUUUUCUCUCCUCUAUUACUCGUCUUUCAUUCCAAUGAACGGUUUUAAACUUCUUCAUCUAACCUCCCAUCUUCCUCUGCUGCCUCUCUGCCUCUGGCUUUGUCUUUGUUUUGUGAACACUGUUAACGAUACAGCAUCAGGCCUUCCUGAUGGGGAAGGGGUGUGCGUGCUUGUCCCUCAUUAAUACUCUUCAUUGUGCUGGUCUGGUCUAUAGUAGAGAAAAAAAUAUUGGAUCAUUGGAAUUUUAUUAUUUGCAGCUCGUGACCGCAGUGGUUCGAAUAACGAUACGAUGAAACAGACUUUGUGUCUUAACUGUGAUUUAUUAUGUAUGUGAUUGAUCCUCUUCUCUGAUGGAAGUCCAAUCUGUUUCCUGUUUGCUUUCUGAUUAGCACUAUCUUUAUCACAUGCGUAAUUAAGUUAUAUUGAAUUUGAUUGAUUUUUUUUUUUUUUUGUAUGAGCAUAUCUGCAUUCGCUGAAGUUGCACAUUUCGUUUUAUUUUUUUCCUUUGAUCAUACUGUUCAGUGUUGAUUCAGCAGAUUGCAUGUGUUUGUUUUGUUUUGCUCAAGACUGAUCACCGCUACUGUUCCACUACAUGAUGGCAACCAUUUCUAUUCACUUUGAGAUUGAAAGUAGUCUGUUUUCGGUUUUAAGUGCUUACUGAACAAGAUGUUUUGCACCCAAAUGAAUGUGUCCACACUCCAUGUUUCCUGUUACGUAUUUGUGUCUUCACCCUGUCCAACUGAAUUUGUUGAACAUCAUUAAUGCUGACGUCUUGUUUAAAUCUACCGUAUGUGCCUAAUCUAAUGUUUUACAUUCGUCCUGUACUUUUUUUUUUUUAGGUUGACGUGUGUUUAUACAUAUUUACAUUUCUGUCUGUGCUUUUUGGUUUUGGUUUAGGAGUUCUGGAUUUUAUUUGUUUGUACUGGUGCACGCUCUAAUGAAACUAUGAUGAAAUUGUCAUUAGUUACAUUUGAGGUGACAGCAGCACCUCAAUUUUUUUUUUUUGCCCUUGUGACUUCUAUUUCAGACAUUUUGGCCCUUACCAAACAUUACAGAAAAAUUUGGUCAAGGUAAUCACUGGACACUGUACUGGUUUUAAAUUAGCUGUUCCAUGAACAAGACUCAAACUGAUCUGUUCAUAGCUGGAAGAAAAUGAGCUCAAGCAGAUGAGCUGAAGUUGUCUGUGUAAUUGUCUAGCUGUAUGGCACAAAGAUAAAGCUGCAGUUUUAAAUGUCAUGUUGCAGCCACCCUGUCACAUUACGGGACACGCCCCCAGCAGCCCAUAAAGCCCCUCCUACCAAUGUUUUCCUCCAGACUGUAAAUAGCAUCGGUAUUGCAAUUAUGUACAUUUGCCAAAAACUUAAAAACUACAGAGAGCAAAUGAUGAGAGUGGAGGAGAUCUAAGAAUGUAGUGCAAAUAUGUAUUUAAGGGAAAUAAAGUUAUUCUUUUUCUUGGGGGUUUAAAAA